AUGCUCCACGCUUAAUGGGUGAAAAAGCUACGGUACCUUCUGGCAAUGACUGAUGGACUGUCAGAUGCUACAGUAGGCAGUAGAGCUGUGAAGCUUUCUUCUAGGGACUAAAACAACAACAAAGAAGUAAGAUGAGCUAUUUCUUUGAGAUCUCGAUGCUCGGACUGGUUUCCAUCCCACUGUACUGGGCAGGGUUGCUGUGUAGAACAAAUGAAUAUGUACUGAAUGUUCCCCAUGCGGUGUUAGUUGAGAAGGGGCAGUCUGUGUACAUCCCCUGCAAUUUCACCUACCGAUCAUUACUAAAGAGUAGAAGGGCCAAACUGUAUGGAUACUGGUAUGCGGAAAGUAGCAACGUUGCCUGUGAUCUUCCUGUGGCCACUAAUGAUGACAGUAAACCAACUGCACGGUUUGCUCACAAGCGCUUUCAUCUACUGGAAGGACUAGACCAAGGGUCCUGUUCUUUCUCCAUCAGUGAUGCUCAAGACGCUGACCAAGGGACUUAUUUCUUCAGGAUGGAGAAAGGAAGGACAAAAUUUAGUUAUCUCAACUUCCAAACAACUGUGACAGUGACAGAAGCCCAAAAGGACAUCUUAUUCGAGGUGUUCGGAUUUUCAAGUACAGCACUUUCCUUCCUGAUAGGUCUAACCCUCAUCAAGGUCAUUCUUUGCUCCUUGUUCUUCUUUGCCGCCUUCAUGUGUUCGAGAUGGAAGAAGACUCAGAUGGCUGCAAGUGAGUAUAGACAAAUCACAAGGGUGAAACCAAUGGGAUCUACUGAAGCUCUUCUUCCCAAGCCUUGCAAAGCUCCUGGUUCUUCUUGAGCCACGAAGUGAAAGCUUGUUGAGACACUAUGAUAAUGGACCAUAUCAUUAUAUGAGCAGCGGAUGACCUUUUUCCUCGGUAACAAAGGGUUAAAUGACAUUGAAAGGACGAGAGAGCACUUGCCCAAUGAGAUGACUAGUUUGGCAGAAGCACAAACCUUGGAGAUCCUUCUCAGUAGAGGUUAUAACAAGCCUGAGAUAGGACCAUCAAGCAGACUCUAAGAGACUCUAGCAAAGGAAACAUGGGGCUCCCAAUGAGAAAACUAUUCAAGACUGAACAAAGGAAUCCAGACUCCAAACUACCCCAUAAACAUUGGAGACUACAAAUCCCAUCUGAUCUGUGAAUAGACUAGAAUAUUAGCUAGUUAUGUCAGAGUCUUUUAUUACUUUUCCUGGCUUGGCUGAAGUGAUCUAAUUCAUCUAAUUAGUAACUUCUCAUCUUGUGCCUGAACGAAAGAUGGAUCCUUAUACAAAGGGAUACUUUUUGCUAUGGA